AUGCAAAGUAUCCGAGUCAGCAGUCUGUUGAAGCCAGAAGCUGCCACCCAAACCCAUAUUUCUGAAAGGAAGUCCAAUAAUUAUGCACCAGGUCCUCCGGGGCUGCCAAUCAUUGGGAACUUGCAUCAACUUGAUAGCACAGCGCCCCAUGUCUUCCUUUGGAAACUUUCUAAGAAAUAUGGUCCCCUGAUGAGCAUGAAACUUGGUUACAGAGAAGUUGUAGUGAUUUCCUCAGCGAGAAUGGCGAAAGAGGCCUUAAAGACACACGACUUGGCGUUUUCUAGUAGGCCUUUAUUUAUAGGCCGGCAGAGGUUAUCCUACAACGGCUUAGAAAUUGCGUUUACGCCUUAUGGAGACUACUGGAGAGAGAUAAGAAAGAUUUCUGUUCUUCAUCUGUUUAGCCUCAAGAGAGUGAAGCAGUUUCAACCAAUUCGGGAAGAUGAAGUCUCUCGGAUGAUGAAUCGGAUAUCUGAGCUUGCCUUGUCGUCUCAGCUAGUGAAUCUAAGCGAGAUGGCCAUGUCUCUAACUUGCAACAUAAUUUGUAGGUCUGCUUUUGGGAAGAGUUAUGAUGAGGAAAGACCAGGGAAGUGGGGGUUUCACAAACUUCUGGUUGAAUCUCAGGCAAUGAUGGUGGGAGGCUCCUUAAUUGCAGAUUUUUUGCCAUCUUUUGGUUGGUUAGAUAAACUCAUUGGAAAUUCUGCAAGACUUGAGAGAGUUUUCAAGGAGCAAGAUUCGUUUUAUCAAGAACUCAUUGAUCAACAUCUUGAUCCAAACAGGCCAAAAUCAAUGGAUGGUGAUAUACUUGAUGUUUUAAUCAGUUUGAAGAUACGAAAAGGACAUGCUUACGUUUACUGGCCGCAGCCACAAUCUGACUGA